AUGCAGUUCUCUACCAUCAUCGGUGCGUUUAUGAGCGCCUCUGUCGCUCUUGCAUCGCCAACUCCUACCGUUGAGGAGCGUGGUGCUGCCUGCGGAACCGGAAUCUCUCCUGCUCGAUCCCAAGAGGUCGUUCGAGCAUUUAGCAGCGCCGGUGUCACUCCAACUCUCAUCCCAUCGAUCUCUCCAAAGAGCGACUUGAAGAUCACCUACCCAAGCGCCAACAUCAAUCUUGGUACUCAAACCACGAGUCUUCAAACCGUACAGGCUCCAGCCUUCCAGUUCACAACACCAGUAGGCGACUCAGCGUCGCAGACCUACUCCCUCUUCCUCGUCGACCCAGACGUCCCAGGUCCUAACGGUCCACCAGUUGUAGGCAGCCCACGCAUCAACUUCCUCCAUUGGUACGUGUCCGGGAUCAAGCAAUGCGGAAUCUCUGGCAACACUGUCACCAUAUACGAGCCUCCCACUCCAGUCUCACCAGGCGAGCAACACAGAUACACUUGGUUGGUCUACCGUGAGCCAGCUGGUUACUCUCCCAACUUGCUCCAGGCGCAGGCCAGACCUGGAUUCGAUCUGCUUGGAUACACCAGCCGUGGCAAGCUUGGACAACCCAUUGCUGGCAACUUCAUGAACCAGUCAAUCACCAACACAUAA